CAUUCCAACAUGGGGAGACUACGAGAUCGAGUCCGCUUUGGUCGGAGAGGAUGAAAAAGAAAGAUGGGGAUAUGAGUUAGAGAAUUGAGCGGUAGAAGAAGCUGAACAGGAAAAACAAAGUGACCGCUCAUCGGAAGCUGUCAUGAGGCCUCAAAUUUGCUGCCUGCUGAUUUUGUUGCUCGACUGUCAGGAGCGCAUUACAGGUGCCGUGAGUUUCAUUAGCCCCUACAUAAAACACUAUGAGGGAUUAUCAUACGACAAAGAGGAUCUUCACAGGAAGCACCUGCGAGUGCGCAGAGCUGCGCAACCUCAGAGACACACGCUGGAUUUGGACUUUACCGCUUUUCACAGAAUAUUCCGACUGCGUCUGCGACGAGAUGCUGCGACGUUUUCCAGCGACUUUAAGGUGGUCAGCGAGGAUGGAGCCACAGCGGCCGAUCUUUCCCACUUAUAUUCAGGGACAUUGCAUGGUGAACAUGACUCUGCUUGUCACGGGUCAGUGUUACAGGGUCAGUUUGAAGGAAGCAUCCGCACCAACAAUGUCACUUAUCACGUUGAAGCGGCUCACGCGUACAACCUCACUGACCACCACUCCAUCAUCUAUCGUGAGGAUGACAUGGUCUUACCCACAAUGAGAACUGGACUGGAUUCUGAAUUUUGCGGUGCAGAACAUCUAAAUGUGCUUGCGCAAAGCCUCAAAUCUGGUGAUCAGGAGGCAGCAGCGAACCGUGCAAGAAGAACAGUGGACGAGGCCAAAACCAGCUGCCUGCUGCACCUCACCGCUGACCACCGCUACUUCAACAAGUUUAAGUCUGUGGAGGCUGUUUUGGCUCAGGUUGCUUCCUACAUGCGAGCUGUCAAUGACAUAUAUGACAAAGUGGAGUUCGAUGGAAUCAAGCUGAUCAACUUUAAAGUUAAAUCUCUCACUGUGAUGACUGAGGAGAACAAAAACGAUCGUCUGAAUCCUCUCUACAUCGGCCCAGAGAAGCUGCUUAGUCUUUACUCGGAACAAAACUGGGGUAACUUCUGUCUGUCGUACCUGCUCACCAACCGAGACUAUAGUGGAGUGCUCGGACUUGCCUGGGAGGGCAAGCCUGGUAACUGGGGAGGUAUCUGUUCGCAGCAGACAACCCUUCGUAAUGGCCGCACUUCCACACUGAACACGGGCCUGAUCACGAUUCAGAACUACGGACAGUUCCUGCCUCCUCGCCACGUCCAGUUGACCCUCGCUCACGAACUCGGACACAGUCUGGGAUCGCCGCACGAUGAAGGCUCUAAUUGUGGCAACCUGGGCUCCCGUGGUGGAAAGGGCAGGUACCUGAUGUUUCCUCACGCCACAGACGAAGUGCGGGAGAACAACGACAAAUUGUCCACCUGCACCAUUGAACACAUCAACAAACUGCUGCGCCUCAAAAAGGACGACUGCUUCGUGGUCAGCGAUCAGCCCAUUUGCGGCAACCAGAUGGUGGAGGAAGGAGAGGAAUGUGAUGUGGGUCAUAAUGACAUGGACCUCUGCUGCUAUAGUGCUAAAAAGCCUAUUGGGGUGCAAUGUCGACUUAAGCCUGGAAAAACGUGCAGUCCCAGUCAGGGUGUUUGCUGCAGUCAGGAUUGUAGCUUCAAGUCACAGGCUCAAACCUGUGACGAAGAGACGGACUGUCAGAUGGAAAGUGUUUGUUCGGGUUUCUCACCUCUGUGCCCUGAUCCGAAACCAAAGGAAAAUCUCACUAUUUGCAGUAGAGGGACUCGGGUCUGCCUAAAUGGGGUGUGUGCCGAAUCUGUAUGUGUGAAACACAACAUGGAGCAGUGUGACUGUCCAGGUGGUUCCAAGAAGCAGAAAUGCCACAUGUGCUGCCAGCAGCCCGAUAAACCUGGGACAUGUGCCAGCACCACUUCCUCCGUCUUGUCUCGCCACUUCCAGAAAAAGGCUUUGCCCCUGGUGGGCGGGGCUCCAUGCAUGGGUAACCAAGGCUACUGUGACAAAUUCCACAUUUGCCGCUUACUGGAUGCAGACGGCCCCAUCGCCAGGUUGAAGAACUCCUUCCUCCACCUUGAUGACUUUGAGGACCUAGGAGAAUGGAUGAAGGCUCAUUGGUGGGCUAUUUUGCUGGCCAUCCUGGCACUGUGUGCAGUAAUGGGCUGUACUGUUUGCCUCUGUGGCCAAACUCUGGAUACCAGAAAUCUGGAGUAACUCACUUUGAGGGACAGUUAUCUGGAAAUUCACCUUGAAGACGCUGCAUUUCUCAAAAAUAUGGAUGAAGCUUAUUACAAUCAUACCUGCCAAAUUAACUCCAAUUUGCAUCUUGUGAAACAUGCUAGCCAACGUUAGCUUAGCAAUUUUACCAGAACACAUUUUGCUAGAACACACUCAAAACUUGUACAGAUACAAAUUUGUCAUGUUCACUAAUUUAUAACACAAUAAUCAUUUGACACUCACAACAUACCUUAAAUAAAGGGAAGAAAUCACUACACAAGUGGCAAUUUUGGCUUGAAUGAGAUGAGCGAAUCUGUGUGUGAUUAGACUUUGCAGCCCAAAGCAAUCGAUUACACGACACGAGGGCUAACUGCAGAGCACCAAAAAACAGAAUGACACCAAAUUUAAAAGACGACAUCUAGGACAUUCUGCAUUAUCAUUAUGCCUAUACAUAUAAAAAUCAUUUUUCUUUCUUUCUUUUUUUUUUUAAUUAGGUUUCUUUUGCACGCUGCACAGCCCAAACGGCUUGACCAACCAUCACUGUUCCAAUAUCAAAUUGACCAGAAUUUUUGUCCGACGCAGGUUUUUUUUUCGAAUGACUGCCCCCUCAAAAUUUUCUGUU